AUGGUCCGGUCUCCCAAACCGGACAGGUCGAAGGUGCAGGAGAUAAGAUGGUUAGGAUAUGGUAUUCUGGAAAAGAGGAAUUAUAGCUUUUAUUACAGCUGUCAUGACUCGCAACAUCAGUUUGGCACGGGUUUUGUUGUGUCCAAAAAGUUAAGAGAGAGAGUAGUGGACUUUGUGCCGGUGAGUGAACGAAUAUGUAAAUUAAGAUUGAGGGGUAAGCUACACAAUAUUAGUAUUAUUUGUGUACAUGCACCUACGGAGGAAAAACCUGAAGUUGAGAAGGAUGGUUUUUAUGACAGGCUGGAAAAUGUCUUCUCUGGAUGUCACUCAAAUGACAUUAAAAUGGUGGUUGGAGAUUUUAAUGCCAAGGCUGGGAAAGAUCAUAGCUUGAAGGAGUUUAUAGGAAAUAAUAACCUUCAUGAUGAUUUCAACGAUAAUGGCACAAGACUGGAAGAUUUUGCUUCUGCAAAUGAUCAAGUUGUUGGAGGAACUAUAUUUCCUCAUAAAAAUGUGCAUAAGCAUACUUGGAGGUCUCCAGAUGGCCUGACAUUUAAUCAGAUAUAUCAUAUUUUGAUUGACAAAAGACAUCGAAGUAGUCUAAUUGAUGUGCGCAGUUAUAGAGGGGCAAAUGUGGACUCUGACCAUUUUUUGGUGCUGUCUAAAGUGAGAGCUAAGAUUAGCAGAUUAUUCACAAGGAGGGAGCGCAAGGAGGUUAAGAAAUUAGAUUACAAUGAAUUAAAGAAACCUGAAACCCUAAAGAGAUAUAGGAAUUGUUUAAAGGAAAGUUUUACCAGUAGAGACUAUGUAGAAAAUGAAAGACGCCAGUGGAAGGAUGUCGUCACGGUGAUUAACAAUGCAGCGAAUGUGACCAUACCAGAGCUUAAGAAAAAUAAAAGGGAAAAUGGCUGGUAUGAUGAGGAGUGUGAAGAACUGACUAAUAGAAAAAACCAAGCUUACAGGGUUAUGAUUGGAAGACACUCUACUAGAAAUUCAGCUGAAUUAUAUAAGGAGUUGGGAAGGGAAGAAAAAAGGAUGCAUAAGAAAAAGAAAAGAAUCUUUAUGGAAAACAAAUACGGAGGAGAAAAUAUGGAGACCCAGAGAGAAGCACGAAAAUUUUAUCAAUUGGUUAAUGAUAUUAGGAAAGAUUUUAACUCUAGAACUACAACUAGCAGAAAGAGAAAUGGUGAAUUGACUUGUAAUAACACAGAAACAAUGAUUAGAUGGAGAGAGCAUUUUAAAGAGGUGCUGUUUGGUAAUGACAGCCCGGUUGAUGAAGCUGUUACCUUUGAAGUACCUAGUACCCUAAGACAAACACAAAAUAUGCCUGUACCUACCUUAAGGGAAUUGGAGUAUACCUUAAAAAAUCUUAAUAGAAACAGGGCCCCUGGCCCAUAUGGCAUUAAAGCCGAGCUACUUAUUGUCAAUGCACCGGAGUUGAACAAUGAGCUUUUAAAGAUCAUUAGUGAUGUGUGGAACCAGGAACAGAUGCCCAUUGAAUGGGAAGGGAGUUCAAUUUUCACCAUCCACAAAAAAGGAGACAGGCUGGACUGUCGCAACUACCGUGGUAUCACACUUCUGAAUGUGGCUUUUAAGAUUUUUUCGAACAUCCUAUUUCGUAGACUUCUUCCGUAUGUUUUAAAAGUUGUAGGAAACUAUCAAUGUGGCUUCCUGGAGGGGAAGUCUACCAUAGACCAAAUUCACUCCAUAAGACAAAUCCUAGAAAAGACCAAGGAGUACGGAAUUGAUACCUACCAUCUGUUCAUUGACUUCAAAGCAGCAUAUGAUUGUAUCAACAGGAAUAAAUUAUUCGAGGCGAUGUACGAAUUCGGAAUCCCUCCUAAGCUUAUCAAUCUUGUCAAAAUGACUUUGGGAAGCGUAAAAUGCAGAAUUAAGACCAUGUCUGAAGUAUCGGAGGUGCUCUAUACAGAGAGAGGCCUCAGACAAGGAGACUCUCUGUCUUGCAUUUUGUUCAAUUUAGCCCUUGAAAAGGUUAUACGAGACUCAAGUAUCAACACUAGAGCCACAAUCCUGCAGAGAACUAUACAGAUAUUGGCAUACGUGGACGAUAUCGACAUCGUUGGGCGAAGAAAACAGGAUGUGAUCGAGGCAUUUGUUGCCCUUGAGAACGCUGCCAAGGAAUUGGGCUUGACUGUAAACGAGGAAAAAACUAAGUUUUCGGUUGCGAGCACUAGAAUACAAGAUGUGCAGCCGCUUAAUAUUAGAAACUAUACUUUUGAAGGAGUCACCCAGUUUAAAUGCUUGGGUGCACUUAUUACCAAAUUUAUUUUCUCUGCUAGAGGUUUGUACAAGCGAACAUCUGGUUUGGAACUUCCUCAUGAAUUUCAGAUGAAAGAAGCUACACAACUUCAUAUACAUAGAGGACUGCGUGAAAAGUGCCUUAUGUCUGGACACAGAGGAAAAAGAUACAACACAAGAGAAGGAACCAACAGCCAGGACACCGGCGGAAAUAAAACCCACGACCUCCGGCUUUCAAGACGAAGCUUCUACUACGGAUCCCAGAUGCAACUUAUUUAA